AUGAUUCAACGUUCGGUUGUGAAGGGUUCAAUUCUCUUCAAGAUCGGUAACCGUCAUGGUGGUCACCAGUCUCAGGCCACUACCAUAUUCGGAAUCUCGGACGCCCGAUAUCCCGUGGCCAAAUCGCGACUAGUGCUCAUAUUAGCUCCGAGGUUAUCAAUGCCAGUCAGGGAGCACCUCAUUCCAGACAGAAUACAUAAAGGAAGGGAAGCAUCCCUGAGACGAGAUGGCAUCGAUCUACAAGUCCAGCUUGGCCCCGCAACUCCUCUCGGCUCGCCUGUACACCAGAACCGAAAGCAAACCCCCACCAUGACCGUCUCUCGGCAAAGACAAACGGCCGAGGCAGUAGUGGCAGCAUUCAACAACAUGGACGUCGAUAGCAUCAUAGCUCACCGCAGUCCGGACUGCCUCCGCCAUUUCAUACCCAAAUCGUUAGGCUUUUCGCCGCAAAACAACGCCACAUAUGGCGACUCGUUACACCAGCUGUCCGGUAUCUUCCACAACUUUUCAUGCACCGUCAACGACCUGCUCGAAGACAAACAAGCCAACCGCAUCUGCUUAUACCUGAGCGCCCGAGGCGAUACGGUGGCCGGAGAGUAUGUGAAUGAGUACAUGUGGCUGCUCGAUUUCGAUGAGAGUGGCGAGAAGAUCACUUGCUCGAAGGAGUACUCGGAUACAGUGUUAGCGCGAGAUUUCUUCCCGAAGCUCAAGGCUGCCAUGAUUGAGCGGCGUGGGCGGUCGGCCGGUCAAGAUGGCACGCUGAAAGAGUGA